UGCCAUCAGGGUAGGUGUGACCAGGGGCGGACUGACCAUUUGGAAACUCGAGCACUGCCCAAGGGCCCGGGGUCAGUAGGGGGCCCCGUGAGAUGCCCCUGGUACCUUUUUCAUAGGCUUUUUUGAGUUUGGGCAAGGACACAGGGGCCCCAUGAUCCCCUAUUGCCCGGGGGCCCCAUGAGUUGUCAGUCCGCCCCUGGUCCGCCCCUGUCUGUGUCCAAAUGCUGAGUGAAUCUGUAUGGAAGUGAUUUCAUAAUUAUCUAUCAGCUGCUGCAUCUGCAGGGCUC